AAGGUUAUCUGUUCUAGACGAGUUGAUUAAAGGUCGCACGGAAUGGAUUAACAGGCCAUGGCGCUCACACUCGUCACAGCUAUAUACUUGCUGUCUGUUGUGCUGCCAAGAGCUGAUGGUCUGCGGUGCUAUCAAUGUCCACUAAUCGACGAUCCCUUGAAAUGUCACAACACCACUAGAUGUCAAAGCAAUGAGGUUUGUUUUGUGACGGAGGCCAUCGACAGUGACUUUGAUCUGACUUACCGACUGGGAUGUGUGACCGAGCAGGGAUGUUCAAAUAUAGUUCGAAGAUCCCCAAACCAUUCCCACCGGAGGAGUCUAGCACAGCAAUGUUGUCGGACGAAUUUCUGUAACAAGGGGUACCCUGGGUUACUGACCACCAAACUGACCACGCCCACAACAACCACCCAGACAACCACGGUCAAACCAACCACGCCCACUCGGACAACAAAGCAUCUAAUACACACAACACAGCACCAUCACGUCAGCACUCAAACCCAUAGUGUAGAUGCCAGGUGCCCCCGUGGUCGAGUGUUGGAUGAUAAUUGCUACGUGCCGUCAUUUCAAUAUGGAUCGCAAUGGAAACAAGUAACGCGCCAUGAUGCAUACACGUUUUGCAGACAGCACGGCAUGAACCUCCCCAGCAUCCAUUCUCCCAGAGAGGAAACCUUUAUUCACAGAAUGGUGUCAGCGAUGCUUCACACAGACAACUCCCACGACAUCGCCCUCUGGAUUGGCCUUCAGGACAUACGAUGGGAUGACGGUUCAGCGUUUAACUUUAACCGCUGGGACACCGCUAACUACCAUUCUACCUCACACAGAAACUGUGUUGUCAUGACGACUGACAUGAAAUGGCGAGUGUCCGGAUGUGAUCACCAUCAUUACUUUUUAUGCAAAAGGAAAAUGAUCCAUGCUUGAAUGUGCAGUGCUGGCAUUUCUUUUUAUCUCAAUGUUGUUUACGGUUUUAGGGAGAAAUCGUUUUCUCCCUCUCAAUUACAUGUAUACAGAUGUAUUUCAGUAUUUUACAGAAUUUGUUCAGAUUCUUUUGAUUUAGAAUUUAUUGGUACAUGUUUACCAUAUUUCUCAAUUAACCAAAGAUUGUAAUGUUAAGGGCAAGAAUAAAGUACAGAUGUUCAUUAGAU